CACGUGCCAAAAUAAAACAAAAACCAACAACAACAAACAUUUUGUUUAAGGGGGUCUUUCUGCUGGGAUGGUGUAUUCCUCUCAGCAAUGGUUGGCCCUUACAUGGAGGGACGAAGUCUGCCUCCAAUAUGAUCUAAACUGUAUUGAUGGGGGUGGAAAAAAACCCUGUCUCGCAUAUCAUCAAAACGAUAAGCACAAGAUUUAGAUCUAUAACUAUUAGUAUUGUUCGCACAAAGGUGCACCAAGUUGAACGGACGUGUGGAAGAUUAUUUUUUUGGCGUCUGUAAAGCAUGCCUGGGAACACAGUGAGUAUUGGGGCCACUGUGGAUCCUCUCUGGUGCAAAUAAAGCAUGUGAUGUGAAACGUAAAGCUCCCCGCUUGAGGAGGACUGAAAAUCCGGCCAUGCCACUGGAGGAGCGCAGGCACAGCGGUACACCCCCAGCCGCCCACAGAUGGAAAAGAACCAGCCCAUGGCUUCAGCAAUUCAGAGGCGCUCAUAGAGACGAAAGUCAUAAGUACAGCAGAGCAGAUGUUGCGACACCCAGCCCUAUACGACGGGGAGGUAACAUAAUAAACGCACCGUACCGGGGCGCUGAAUCUCCGCAAAGAAGGGACGACAAGACAUUGGGGGACACAAGUUUCAAUGACGUCAUUUCUUGUCUUCGGCGCGUACUGAGUCAAGAGACGGUCUACCAGGCCGCCUUCAUCUUGGCGUGUGCCUCGGUGCUCGCCGUGCUCAGUGUGUUGUCCGGAGCACACUACACGCCCUGGCUGGAUGUGCUCGUGUUGUGCGUGUUCUACGCUUUCUGGAUCUGCCACUGCCUCCCCUGGCUCAUUUUGCGUCUGGAUGGAAAGGUACGGGGUCAUCGUGGCGGCUGUUGUGACCUGCAUCUCGUCCUUGACUCAGAACUUUGUGGAGAAAAUCUCCCGCCUCUUACGGCACCGCCGACUUUCCCCCACAACGAAACCAUCGCCAACAAAGUCGUCCACCGCCGCGAACAUUCCAGAACACUCGACAAAGUCUUUGGAUCUUCAAGACCGGCGCUCCGACCGAAGAACCAGCCCGUUUGUUCUCGGGGGAGAUCGACCUAGAUUCGGAGUGGGCGCCAAAGCCUCAUUACCUGCUCACGGUGUUGGUGGUAAAAACUUAUUCAAUCAGCUGAGGUGCGAUAAAGAUCUUAAUCCAAACGAGAUUGACAUAGUUGAAAGGUUUUUUGAUUCUUCUUACAGUCUCUGCAGGCCUAACAGAGGGCGAAAUGGCGCAAUAGGUCGCGGUUCUGCAACUCGGAAUGAGAUUCUGGACACUAACUUCGGAGGAACCCAGUCAUUUUUUCUGGACUCCGGAAGUGGCGGAGACACCGGGUAUAAUACCCGGAUGUACAACCGGAAGCCGUCUGCUGUCGUGUUUAAGGGGGUUUCCCCGACGGAACGUGAAGGUCAGAGAGGCGCUCUCCGCAGAGGGGGGAGCAGGGAACAGCUUGUGGAUAAUAUAGUCGAUGCCAGUGGCGUCGUUGAUCCCACGGAGAGACGUAAUCGUUCCGCCGAUACCCCAAAGCUGCGAUAUCGAGGCUGGAAAACUACCAAAUGUAGAACGGGCGGCAAGAGGGCCGGGUUCGAAACGAAUGCAGCCUCCCGAACUCGAAAAGACGCAGAUCUAACCCUUUCGCCGCCAGCAGGCCUACUCCACAACCAUGCCACUACCAAGGAUCUGCUCAAGACGGUCUCGGGUCAGACGACGAAGGGGUUACUAAACAAGGGCGUUGUUGUUUCAGCGGGUAAAUGGAAAGGUAGAGCCGGCGCGGAUCCAAGACCGGACCUCCAACCCCCGGUGAGAGUGAGAGCGGACGGCAAUAACGCCACGACGACGACAUUCACGAAAGAGGCGGCGGCAAGGUCAAGGUCAAGGUGGUCGCUUGGCUCAAAUCAGCGCCAACUUUUUCAGCGGGAGUUCCUCCCUGACGUGAGCGGCGGGGCUAGGGGAGGUUUGGACGACAGCAGCCCGCAGCAAGACUUGGAAAAAACCUGGGAGGAUCUGUCUUCUGUUCGGCUCUAAGAAUAGUAGUAGUAUUAUUAUUAUUACAGUAAACAGUAAAUGCCUGUCUAUCUGUUUUUCA